GACCCCCGGGCGCAGGGCGGAGAGCUCCUCUGUGCGAGCCCCGGGGCCGGCAGCCAUGCCGCGGGCAGCGUGGCCCCAGGAGCCCGUGACCUUUGAGGAUGUGGCGGUGUGCUUCUCGCCGGCGCAGUGGGCCAGCCUGACCCCCGUGCAGAGGGCCCUGUGCAGGGAGGUGAUGCUGGAGAACUAUGCGACCGUCGCUUCACUGGUGGCAUCUUCACUCCCCAAACCUGUUCUUAUCUCUCAGCUGGAGAGAGGGGAGGUACCAUGCGGCUCAGGUCCCUGGGACACCGAGAACGGUGUCAGCUCAGGUGCUGAGUCCUGGCUCCCACGGGAAGAGCCGCCGAUAAGGCAGAAAAGCCCCGAAGAGUCGGCGUCGCAUGGACUGCCUGUCGGAGGAGGACUCUCUGCAGUUGUGUCUGAGCACUGUGAUGUUAGACACGAGGCAGCGAGGCCGACUCCUGAUCCAAAUCCAAAUCUGAUAUUUCGAGGGGGAAUGAAGUUCUAUGAAUGUAAAGAAUGUGGGAAAAUCUUCAGAUAUAACUCAAAACUUAUCCGGCAUCAGAUGAGCCACACUGGGGAAAGGCCCUUUAAGUGUAAGGAGUGUGGCAAAGCUUUCAAGUCCAGCUAUGACUGUAUCGUACACGAGAAGAACCACAGUGGGGAGGGGCCCUACGAGUGCAAGGAGUGUGGCAGGGGACUGAGUUCCAACACGGCCUUGACCCAGCAUCAGAGGAUCCACACGGGGGAGAAGCCCUACGUGUGCAAGGACUGUGGCAAGGCCUUCCGCAGGAGCGCCGCCUUCCUCCAGCACCAGAGGCUGCACACAGGGGAGAGGCUCUACAAAUGCAAGGAGUGCUGGAAAGCCUUUGGUUGCAGGUCACUGUUUGUUGUCCACCAGAGGGUUCACACUGGGGAGAAACCCUACCAGUGUCAGGAGUGUGGCAAAGCUUUUACUCAGAAGGUAGCCUCCAUUCAGCAUCAGAGAGUGCACACUGGAGAGAAGCCCUACGCGUGCAAGGUGUGUGGGAAAGCCUUCAAAUGGUAUGGAAGUUUCAUUCAGCAUCAGAAAUUGCACUCGGUGGAGAAGAAGCCUCUCAAGGCUGCCGGGCCGUCCCUGGCCGGUCUCCAGCUGCCAUCCUCUGCCUUAGCUCCUGCCGCUCUCCAGGGGUCCUGCUCCGCCCCAGCUGUGGCCGUACCUCCACUCACCUUCCCACGAGCUGUGCUCAUCCCUGCCUCAGGGCCUGUGUUCAUGCUGCUGCCCACACCUGGAACACCUGCUUCCGCUCCCCAAAUAGUCCGAGUCUUGCAGGCUCUGACACCCUCUGUGAAAGCUUGUCCAGUUGCUCAGUCCCAGUCUCCUCCAUCUUGACCCUUACCUUGCCAAAUCUUGAACUUCACCUGAGUUUCUUAUUUGUAUUAUUUCCUCCCCUUCCAUGUGUUAACAACUGUUUCAGCAUAAACUCCACUGAAGUCUAUGAACACUAGAAGAUUACUGGGUAAUACAUUUUUUUUUCUUUUGGGUAGACAGUGAAAAUACUUAACGUUUGCAUUGGUCCCUUUUAGGCUUGACCAGCUGUGGCCAUCUGCAUCGUGGGGUUGCUGGUGUUAGAAGUGCUGGGACGACGCCAAGGUGUGUGAGGGAAGUUUGGGAAAGUUCACAUCUGUGUGUUAGACCAUUGUUCUUAGAGGGAGAAGCAGCCAGCGAAGAGCAGGGGAAACACAAGCCCUGUGGGAGCAGAGUUGGGGCAGGCUUCCCAGGAGGGCAGGCAGGGUAGGGGGCCAGGACCCAGACGCUGGAGUGAUAUAACCUUUUAAAAAUAUUUUUAAGAUUUUUUUAUUAUUAUUAUUUUAAUAGGCAGAUUUAUACAGAGAAGGAGAGAGAAAGAUCUGCCUACUGGCUCACUCCCCACGGGCCACAAUGGCUGAAGCUGAGCCGAUCUGAAGCCAGCAUCCAGGAGCUUCUUUUAGGUUUCCCAUGCGGCCACAGGCUCCUUUCCCAGCCAAAAGCGAGGAGCUGUUUAGGAAGUGGAGCAGCCGGAACAUGAACCGGCACCCAUAUGGGGUCCUGGUGCUUGCAGGGGAAGAUUAGCCAAUUGAGCCAUUGCAGUGGGUCCAGUGGUGGAUAGUCAGUCUGGCACAGAUCACAGAGGAGCCUGUGAUCUAUGCAGAAGAGUUGUGACACAGAUACUAAAACAUCUGGUGGGAG